CUUAGUAGGUGGAUGGUGGUCAAAGUGCCGGCUCCCUUUUCGUCGUCGCCAUUUUGUGUUGUUGAUUGCGGCAGGCUGGGAGUAGGCGGCAGUGAGUUUCCUGGGGAGGGUAGCGCGUCUGUCGCAUAUCUCCUUCCCUCUCCUCGUCCCUUCUGGUUCGAGCUUCGGACCUUGGUUGUUGCGACGACUGGCUACAGCUGAACUGGGGGAGUUGAAGGAGGUGGCCGCGGGCCGAGGUGAUGUCUGGAAGCCCUCCCUUGACAGUCCAGACUGAGGAGGUGAGCAUCGACUGGGUUGGUCGUGGGGGCGGAGAAUCCUUGCAGGAGUCACCACCCAGACUGGAAGAUCAUGGUGGUGGCAGCAAGAGUGACUGGAAAGUGAAACAGAGUCAGUGGCUGAAGAGGGGUCCCAGCAGUCCCCACAGGCCCUAUCAGGACAUGGAGUAUGAAAGAAGAGGUGGUCGUGGAGACAGAACUGGCCGCUAUGGAGCCACUGAUCGCUCACAGGAUGACAGUGGGGAAAACCGUAACCGAGACCAUGACUACCGGGACAUGGACUACCGUUCAUAUCCACGUGACUAUAGUAGCCAGGAGGGCAAGCAUGAUUAUGAUGACUCAUCUGAAGAACAGAGUACAGAGGAUUCCUUCGAGGCCUCCCCAGGGUCUGAGACUCAGCGUAGGCGGCGGCACAGGCACAGCCCCAGCCCCACCGGCCCACCAGCCUUCCCCCAAGACGGCGACUAUCGAGACCAGGACUAUCGGACCGAGCAAGGGGAGGAGGAGGAGGAGGAGGAGGAGGAGGAGAAGGAGGAGAAGGCCAGUAACAUCGUCAUGCUGAGGAUGCUGCCCCAGGCAGCCACUGAGGAUGACAUCCAUGACCAGCUGCAGUCCCAUGGAGUCCAAGCAAGGGAGGUCCGGCUAAUGCGGAACAAAUCCUCAGGUCAGAGCCGGGGCUUCGCCUUCGUCGAGUUUAGUCACUUGCAGGACGCUACACGAUGGAUGGAAGCCAAUCAGCACUCUCUCAACAUUCUGGGCCAGAAGGUGUCCAUGCACUACAGCGACCCCAAGCCCAAGAUCAAUGAGGACUGGCUGUGUAAUAAGUGUGGAGUCCAGAACUUCAAACGACGUGAGAAGUGCUUCAAAUGUGGUGUACCCAAGUCAGAAGCAGAGCAGAAGCUGCCUAUCAACACAAGGCUGGACCAGCAGACACUGCCACUGAGUGGACGGGAGCUAAGUCAAGGUCUGCUACCUCUACCGCAGCCCUACCAGGCCCAGGGAGUACUGGCUACCCAAGCCCUGUCACAGGGCUCAGAGCCAAGCUCGGAGAAUGCCAAUGACACUAUUAUUUUACGUAACCUGAACCCACAUAGCACCAUGGACUCCAUCCUGGGUGCCCUGGCACCUUAUGCAGUACUGUCCUCCUCCAAUGUACGUGUCAUCAAGGACAAGCAGACCCAGUUGAAUCGUGGCUUCGCCUUCAUCCAGCUAUCCACCAUCGUGGAGGCAGCACAGCUGCUACAAAUACUGCAGGCCCUGCACCCACCUCUUACAAUUGACGGCAAGGCCAUCAACGUUGAAUUUGCCAAAGGUUCUAAGAGGGACAUGACCUCCAAUGAAGGCAGUCGCAUCAAUGCUGCUUCUGUGGCUAGCACUGCCAUUGCUGCAGCCCAGUGGGCCAUCUCACAGGCCUCCCAGGGUGGGGAAGGUGCCUGGGCCACCUCUGAGGAGCCAACAGUCGACUACAGCUACUAUCAACAGGAUGAGGGAUAUGGCGGCAGCCAGGGCACAGAGUCUUCCCUCUAUACCCAUGGCUACGUCAAAAGCACCAAGGGCUCCGGCACCACUGGAACCAAAGGGGACCCAGCUGGAGCAGGCCCUGAGGUAUCCCUCGAUCCUGGGGCAGAUUCUGUGUCACUACAGGCUUUCUCUCGUACCCAGCCUGGUGCUGCCCCCAGCAUCUAUCAAGCUGAGGCAAGCAGUAGCCAGGGCUCUACUACCCCUAACCAGUCAUAUACCAUUAUGUCACCUGCUGUACUCAAAUCUGAACUCCAGAGCCCCACCCAUCCCAGCUCUGCCUUACCACCAGCCACCAGCCCCACUGCCCAGGAUUCUUACAGCCAGUACCCUGUUCCUGAUGUUUCUACCUACCAGUAUGAUGAGACCUCUGGAUACUACUAUGACCCCCAGACUGGCCUCUAUUAUGACCCAAAUUCCCAGUAUUAUUACAAUGCUCAGAGCCAGCAGUAUCUAUACUGGGAUGGGGAAAGGCGGACCUAUGUACCUGCCUUGGAGCAGUCAGCUGAUGGGCAUAAGGAGGCAGGGGCACCCUCAAAGGAGGGCAAAGAAAAGAAGGAGAAGCACAAAACCAAGACUGCUCAGCAGAUUGCCAAGGACAUGGAACGAUGGGCCCGUAGCCUCAACAAACAAAAGGAAAACUUUAAAAACAGCUUCCAGCCCAUCAGCUCCCUGAGAGAUGAUGAAAGGCGAGAGUCAGCCACUGCGGAUGCUGGCUAUGCCAUCCUUGAGAAGAAGGGAGCACUAACUGAGAGGCAGCACACCAGCAUGGACCUCCCAAAAUUGGCCAGUGAUGACCGUCCAAGCCCACCACGGGGGCUGGUGGCAGCCUACAGUGGGGAGAGUGACAGCGAAGAAGAGCAGGAACGAGGGGGCACCGAGCGAGAGGAAAAGCUCACUGACUGGCAGAAGCUGGCCUGCCUACUCUGUCGGCGUCAGUUCCCUAGCAAGGAGGCCCUCAUCCGACACCAGCAGCUUUCAGGGCUCCACAAGCAAAACCUUGAGAUUCAUCGACGUGCCCACCUGUCAGAAAACGAACUGGAAGCACUAGAAAAGAAUGACAUGGAGCAAAUGAAGUACCGGGACCGUGCAGCUGAACGCAGGGAGAAAUACGGGAUCCCUGAACCUCCAGAGCCCAAGAGGAGAAAGUAUGGUGGCAUGUCUGCUGCCUCUGUGGACUUUGAGCAGCCUACACGGGAUGGGCUGGGUAGUGACAACAUUGGCAGUCGGAUGCUCCAGGCCAUGGGCUGGAAAGAGGGCAGUGGCUUGGGCCGCAAAAAGCAGGGCAUUAUAGCGCCCAUUGAGGCCCAGACUCGGGUGCGAGGCUCUGGCUUGGGUGCCCGCGGCAGCUCUUAUGGGGUCACCUCAACUGAGUCCUAUAAGGAAACACUGCACAAGACAAUGGUGACCCGCUUCAAUGAGGCCCAAUGA